AUGGAUCAGCAAAGAUUCCUGCAGCAGCUGCAGAUUGUCCUUGACCCCUCGAAGGGAAAUGUCAAGGAAGCCACCGGCGUCUUGCAGAAGGAAUUCUACAAUCAGCCUGAAUCGCUCGUCCUCCUCAUCCAGGUUGCUACUAGCCAUGAAGACCCCAACUUGAGGCAGCUCGCUGCCGUGGAGUCCCGUAGCCUGGUGGGCAAGCACUGGGUCAGCGUCCAGGGCAACAAGCCUGCGAUCCGCGAGCAGCUGCUUCGUUGUGCCAUGGGUGAGGGCUCGUCUCUGGUCCGUCACUCUAUUGCUCGUAUCAUCUCGGCCAUUGCCAAGAUCGACCUGAACGAUGGCGAGUGGGUUGAUCUGCCCAACUUCCUCAUCAAGGCCGCCGACACCGGUAACAAGGAGGAGCGUGCUAUUGCUAUCUACAUCCUCUUUACCAUCCUCGAGACUCUCGGGGAGGGCUUUGAGGAGAAGUUCCAGGACCUGUUCACCCUGUUCGCGAAGACCAUCCGUGACCCUGAGAGCGAGGAAGUCCGCAUCAACACUCUUCUUGCUCUGAGCAAGCUUGCCAUGCACCUCGACUCUGAGGAGGAUGUCGGCCCUGUUGAGGCUUUCCAGCAGAUUCUGCCCUCCAUGGUUGCCGUCCUCAAGGAUGCUAUCGACCAGCAGCAGGAGGACCGCAUCAUGCAGGCCUUCGAGGUCUUCCAGACCAUCUUGGGCUGUGACCCCGCGCUCUUGACCGCUCACCUCAAAGAUCUCGUUAUCUUCAUGAACGAAAUCGCCGCUAACACCGACGGUGAAGAGGACACCCGUACUCAGGCGAUCAGCUUCUUGAUGCAGUGCAUCCAGUACCGCAAGCUCAAGAUCCAGGGCAUGCGUAUUGGUGAGCAGCUCACCCGUAGCGCCCUCCAGAUCGUCACUGAGCUUGGUGACGACUCUGAGGACGACGACAUCACCCCUGCCAGAUCUGCCCUUGGCCUGCUCGACAUGCUCUCCCAGAGCCUGCCCCCCAGCCAAGUCGUCGUGCCCCUCCUGAACACUCUUGGCCAGUACUUCAGCAGCCAGAACCCCGACUACCGUCGUGCCGGUAUCAUGGCUCUGGGUAUGUGCGUUGAGGGUGCCCCCGACUUCAUCAGCACUCAGAUGAAGGAAAUCUUCCCCAUGGUCUUGCAGCUCCUUCAGGACCCUGAGCCUAAGGUUCGCCAGGCCUCUUUGCACGCUGUUGCUCGUUUGGCAGAUGACCUCGCUGAGGAUCUCAGCCGGGAGCACGCCGCACUCAUGCCCGUGCUGUUCAAGAACUUGGCCAGCGCUAUGCAGGAGUACAAGGGUGAGGAGAGUGGCCCCAUCAUCAACAUCAUGAAGGCUGGUAUCAGCGCCAUUGACGCCGUCGUUGACGGUCUCGAUGAGCAUGAUGUCGCUCCCUAUCAGAACGAGCUCGUGCCCAUUCUGCACAAGCUCUUCAAGCACCCCGACUUCAGAAUCAAGGGAUUGGCUGCCGGUGCCAUUGGCUCCCUCGCUUCCUCUUCUGGCGAGGCCUUCCUGCCCUUCUUCGAUGAGUCCAUGCACCUCCUGCAGGAGUUCGCCACUGUCAAGGACAGCGAGGACGAGCUUGACCUCCGUGCCAGCGUCACUGACGCCAUGGGUGAGAUGGCCGCUGCUGCUGGUCCUGAGCGCUACCAGCCUUACGUCGAGCCUUUGAUGCGUGCUACUGAGGAGGCCCUCCACCUUGGUCACUCCCGUCUCAAGGAGAGCACCUACAUCUUCUGGGGUGCCAUGUCCAAGGUUUACGUCGAGCACUUCUCUCCCUUCCUCGACGGUGUUAUGAAGGGUCUCUUUGCCUGUAUUGCCCAGGACGAGACUGACCUCGAUGUUUCCUUGGGCGAGCACGGCAAGGACCUGAUUGGCCAGGAAGUCACCAUUGGUGGCCGCAAGGUCAAGGUUGCUAGCGCCGACGACGAUGACGAGGAUGAUGACAACAUCGAGGAUGUCGAGAUUGACGAGGAUGAGGACGCCUGGGAUGAUAUCACCGCUACUACUCCCCUCUCGCUUGAGAAGGAGAUUGCCGUCGAAGUCAUUGGCGACCUCGUCACUCACACCAGAAGUGCCUUCCUGCCUUACUUCGAGAAGACCAUCGAGGAGGUUCUGCCUCUGUGUGAGCACCCUUACGAGGGUGUUCGCAAGAGCACCAUCAGCACCCUGCACCGCUCCUACGCUAUGCUCUUCACCAUUGCCGAGGAGACUGGUCAGAUGGCCAAGUGGCAGCCUGGUCUGCCUCUCCAGGUUGAGACCGCCAAGGAAGUCAAGAAGUUCGGUGAAAUCCUCAUGACCGCCACCGUCAAGAUGUGGUCUGAGGAAGACGACCGUGCUACCGUGGCCGACAUCAACCGCAACAUGGCCGAGAACCUGCGCUUCUGCGGUCCCUCGCUUAUCGCCAGCGAGAAGGAUCUCCACAACGUCAUCCAGAUGGUCACCGACAUCAUCCAGAAGCAGCACCCUUGCCAGGUUGAGUUCGCCCCUGAGGAAGAGGCUCUCGAGGCUGGUGAGGAGACUUCCGAGUUCGACUGGGUUGUCGUUGACACUGGUCUUGACGUUGUUUCUGGUAUGGCUGCCGCCCUUGGCCAGAGCUUCGCCGAGCUCUGGAAGGUCUUCGAGAAGACCAUCCUCCGCUACGCUGGAAGCAGCGAGUCUCUCGAGCGUGCUACCGCUGUCGGUGUGCUCGCCGAGUGCAUCAACGGCAUGGGCAGUGCUGUCACCCCGUACACUUCUGGUUUCUUGAAGCUCCUCGUCCACCGUCUCGGUGAUGAGGACCCUCAGACCCGCUCCAACGCUGCCUACGCCGUUGGACGCCUUGUUGAGCACUCCAACGCGGACGCUGAGAUCGUCAAGGAGUUCCCCGCUAUCUUGUCGAAGCUCGAGGCCUGCCUCUCGAUGGAUGUCUCUCGUCUGCAGGACAACGCCACUGGCUGUCUCAGCCGCAUGAUCCUCAGACACCGUGAGAGCAUUCCCAUCAAGGAUGUUCUCCCCGUCCUUGUCGGCAUCUUGCCCCUGAAGAACGACUACGAGGAGAACGAGCCUUUGUUCCGCAUGAUCUGCCAGCUCUACAAGUGGGAGGACCCUACCGUGCGCGAGCUGACUCCUCAGUUCGUGCCCAUCUUCCAGGCCGUCCUCACCGGCCCUGAGGACCAGCUUGAGGACGAGCGCCGUGCCGAGCUCAUCGAGCUGGUCAAGUUCCUCAACGUUCCCUGGGCUAAUCAGCUGUAA